AUGUCAAAAGAAGAUUUGAAGAAAGCUUUCUUAGUCAAACCUAGGCCCAAAAUUAAUACAUCACUGCAGUCUUAUGAGCCUCCUAUAUCUAGCCCGGCCUCUUUUGAAUUUGUAUUUAAUAUAAAUGACCCUCAUACAAUAAUCCCUUCUGAUGGCUAUAAAUGUGUUCAGCAGUAUCAAGAAUAUUACAUAGAAAAUCUCUCAUCUAUCAAAGAAAAUGCUAAAAGAGUCCGGCUUAAGAGGAAAAUUGAUGAGAUUUCUGCUGAAAAACGACAGGAAAAAGAGACCAAGAAAUGAAUCAAGAAGAUGGAGAAGCUGGAAAGCAUCAACAAAAAUUGUGUCUGGGUAUGGACAAAUGAAGGUCAUAAAUACGUCACGGAAAGCUUCUUGGAGGAGUCUGAUGCAAAGCUAUUUAUUAGACCUAGGUUUUUGACUGACUCUGAAAGAUAUAAAAAAUCUGGGACGCCACCAAGCAAGUUUGUUACUUAUAAUUUUCGGUCGGUGAAGGAUAAAGUUUUAGAUCCACAGGGUGAGACUGUAAGAUACCGGUCUGACCAAGUGUGGAGCCUUCAUGAGCUGAAAGUGUUUUUACAUGAGUUUUUCCACCACCCAAAGAAAUUUGACGAAAUUAAGAAGUUUCUCCCUGAAAAAACCACAAAGGAUGUCAUACAGCUUUUUUACCUUAUUAAGUAUCAAUUUAGACUCAAAAAGAUGCUAACUAUUCCACAUCCUUGAUCGAAAGACAUAAAAAAAAUAGGAAAAUUAGCAUCUAUUCUUGAUCGAACAAUUUUUAUAUAGUCAAAAAUGAAAUCCGAAUUAGAGAUUAAGUCGUAUAAUCGUUAUUUCGCAAUUCUAAUGUAAUUUCUUUCAUAUUUGCUAAUAUGGUGCCUGCUCCAUUUUUUUAUAAGUAGCAGCAAUAAAAUAUUUUUAUAUAGAAAAAACAUCAUAAAAAAUAAAAAAUAUUUUUAUGUAGAAUUGCUUUAACUGUGGCGAAAAGAUUGAGGGAGUAAGAAUUCAGUCAAGAAAACGAAGAGAAGAUGUAGUUAUCGACCAUGUAAAUCAAGUCAUCAAAAAGGUCAAGAAAAUGUUCCCAAAACGUGAAUGGAUUUCCCAAGAAGAUUUUUCUCAUAAAAUUUCUCACUCCCUUCAGUCCUUGAUAGAACACUCAAAGAUGAGGCUAAAAUAAAUUCGCAAAAAAUGGCAUAUAAGCGAUUUUAAUUCAUUAUAUCAACAUUUGCAAUAUGUGAAAGAGAUUAAUUUUCAUAAUAGCGAUCAAAGGUAGGGAAUGUCAGCAAAAAGAAAUGAGCCCUGAAAAAUACAUUGAAAAAUUCGGCAAAGAUUCAUCAAAAUUAAAUCCAUCACAACGUGAAUUCCAAGACUAUUCAAGGUAUAAAGAGUACGCAUUCGGCGGAGAAACAAUGCAAGAUGAAGGCCCAAUUGCAGGAGAAGAAGCAGAAAGAAAAGGAGUUGCGCAAUGGUCUUAUGAAGAAAAAUUAAAUUUUUUGACUUAUUACAGACAAUUUGGAAGAAAUUGGGAAGAAAUUGCAAAAAAGAUUGAAACAAAAACCGCAAGCCAAUGCAGGAAUUUCUUCCAAAACUAUAAGAAAAAAUUAAAUUUAGACAGCGUGAGCUCUGAACAAGACGCAGAAGCGACCUUAGCUGCAGCCGGAAUAGUCAACCGAGCGUCAAAAAAUUAG